UCUUUCUUUUCGUCAGCAGGCAAAAUGGCCGAAAAUCGUGGGAGUAUGACAGACGUCUCGGAGAUUAUGAGUAAUUUUGUGUGUCUGACAUUGUAAAUAAACAUUUUAGUGCACGCGUCGCGUUCUGUGUAGUGCUCAGUGUUAGUGCAUGCUGUGUUGAAUAAAGUGCAGACCCUGUGAUCAUAGUUCUAACUAAAAAGGUGUUUGUGUUUUGUGCCUUGUUUUCACUAAUAACUUCGCCCUGUCAUCUGUUUUGGAUUUAUGUUUACUUGAUCACGGUGAUGCUGGGCGGUGCGGGGUCGCCGGGCGGCGACGAUCUGCUCACCGUCACCAUCGCGCGCGACGAACAUGGAUACGGGAUGAAAGUGUCAGGCGACAACCCAGUAUACGUGCAGAGCGUGAAGGAGCACGGCGCAGCUUGGCGCUCGGGCCUUCGUGCUGGAGACCGCAUCCUGCGCGUCGAUGGCGUGCCCGUGCACCACCACACGCACCAGCAGGUCGUGCACAUGAUACGAGCUAACCCCGUGACCGUGCUGACGGUGCAACAGAAUGCGUCCCGCCAUAAAACACCCAUCACAGCUCCCGUGCCUGUCAACCCGGAGAAGCAGCGGCAGCUAGAGGCAGCUAAAGCCCGCACGGUGCGCCUGAUGCUGGAACAGGAGCUCAAGUACAUUCGCGACCUGCGCCAGGAGCUGUCGAAGGUUCCAGACGUUCGUAAGCAAGCGCAACUAGAGUCGGCCGAGCUACGCUGUUCCAAGCUGCAACGGGAGAUCGACUCCAUCAUCACGGGACAGCCGCUGGAGCCGGGCACGCCGCUGGGCGGGCGGCGCGCGCCGCCGGGCUUCCUCAGCGGCCUGCCGCGCUCGCUGUCCAACCUCACCCCCCAGUACCAACACAUUCCGCUGGAGCCGGGCACGCCGCUGGGCGGUCGGCGCGCGCCGCCGGGCUUCCUCAGCGGCCUGCCGCGCUCGCUGUCCAACCUCACCCCCCAGUACCAACACAUUCCGCUGGAGCCGGGCACGCCGCUGGGCGGGCGGCGCGCGCCGCCGGGCUUCCUCAGCGGCCUGCCGCGCUCGCUGUCCAACCUCACCGGCCAGAGCCUGCGCCACUUGCGCCAGGCGCGACUGAACAAGACGCAAGAGGCUCCGCCGCUCGCUCGCCAGAACAGCGACGAUUCCCCGCACAACCACACCGUGCCCCUAGUCCCCACCACCUGCCUGGACAACGUGUCCCCACCCCCUCUCCCCCCUCGGGCAACCGACCGCCGAUCAACCCUAUCCCCUCCCAUCAACCCCCUAGCCAAACCCAAACCCACCUCCAGCAAAACCCCCAAAAGACUCCCCGACAAACCGUUCCCUAUGCACCAAUCCAUGCCUCCGUAUCAAGAUCAGAGGCUCCGGUCGUCGCAUUCACUUGAUGGGGACUUGGAGGGGCCGCAGCCGAAUUCCAUAGCGCUGCAGAUGAGCUACCCGCUGGUUAAUGUGCCUCCGCCGCCGUUGCAGACGGACAACAGAUCGAGUGUGCCAGUGUUGCACGUCCGAAGCCGGUCGUCGCCGGAGCAGCUGGAUACAGAGGCGCCUCCGAUGCCGAGACCGUGCACGGCAGAAGAAAAGGAGUCGUGGGAGCGCGGCACUCCGCCCCCGGGGACGCCGCCGCCGCCCUACGCACACAAUACACAGCCAUGUGCCGACCCACAGAGAGCCAUAAUAUCGAUGGAGGAAGACGACUCGCCGGCUUCGGACAACUCGACGUACUCUGGGCUGUUCUCGAAUCUUCGCUCGGUGCGAGAAUCCAAAGCGAGGACGGCUGUUCUGCUCAACUGGCUUCUAGGGGAGAGGAGAUGCGCGUGCGCGUCGCUGCUGCUGAUCUUGACGGACGGCUACCGCGGCGCGGCCGGCGUGGGCACGGCCACGCUGCGGCGCUGGGCCUACGAGAUACAGUCCACCUUCCUCAUCCCCAACGCGGUGUUACAACUGAAUGGCGUCGACGAAAAUAUGGCAAAUGAAAUCGAACAUGUAUUAGUUAACGAAUACGACAAAGAGGAACUCUUACGCAACGUGUUCCGCAAGGCGCGGUUAAAGGCCAAAGAGGAGCUGAGCCAGCAGCUCACUGAGUUCCAGGUCAAGCGUAAAGUGGGACUCGCUUCACUCUACUCGCCGGAUGACCCCGUCAUCGAGAAGUGUGACGUCGACAAGGCACAGGUUAAGCGCAAGGUCGGGCUCGCCUCGCUCUACUCGCCGGAUGACCCCGUCAUCGAGAAGUGUGACGUCGACAAGGCACAGGUCAAGCGUAAAGUCGGGCUCGCUUCACUCUACUCGCCUGACGACCCCGUCAUCGAGAAGUGUGACGUUGACAAGGCACAGGUCAAGCGUAAAGUGGGACUCGCUUCACUCUACUCGCCUGACGACCCCGUCAUCGAGAAGUGUGACGUCGACAAGGCACAGGUGAGCAUACGUACAAAUCUCACCGCCGCCAAUGGUUCUUCCUGCCUCAUGGCGUACGAACCGAAUCUCGGGAGAGCGCGCGGGAGCUCAGACAUUAGUUCAGAGGUCCAGGUCAAGCGCAAAGUGGGGCUCGCUUCACUCUACUCGCCUGACGACCCCGUCAUCGAGAAGUGUGACGUCGACAAGGCACAGGAACAAGUGGUGGUCGAGCGCUUGCUGUGCCAGCGGCUGAGCGAGGCAGCGGGCCGGGAGUCGGCGCCCGCGCCGUCCUCGUGUUGUUCCGCGCCCGGCGCCAACGCGGCGCUGCUGCACGCGCUGUACGCCGCCGCGCUGUGCCUGCACUGCCGGUGA